CGUUCAUUAAUCUCCCAUUACAUCUGAGUGCAGUAACUGAGCAUUGUGGGUCGUUUACCAAGAUGUCUGAAACCCCUCGCCAACCCGCGCUCAGCUGCCUGCGGACGAAUGCCCUCCUCCUGUUUGUGCUGGUUGGGAUCGGGUUGGGUCUCGGACUGGGAUUCGGUCUCAGGAAACACAAGCCUUCAGAAGAUGCAAUUUUGUGGAUAGGUCUACCUGGUGAGGUGUACAUGAGGCUACUCAAGAUGACCAUUCUACCUCUGAUAGUGUCCACCAUUAUAACAGGCACUGCCUCCAUCGACCCAAAGUCUAAUGGGCGUAUCACCAGCAUAACGUUCGCCUACGUACUUAUCAUUAACGCUUUUGGUGCCCUUCUUGGAAUUAUCAUGUACUUUAUAUUUACACCAGGAGAGGGAAUUACAAAUGACAUUUCUCCAGACAGAACUGUAUCCGUCACUACAACAAAAGUGGAAACAAGUGAUAUGUUUGCUGAUAUGAUAAGGAAUCUUUUUCCGGAAAAUGUGGUAACAGCAUGCUUUCAGAAGACACAAACGAUAACGUAUAUAACAAAGACAACGACAGACCUUAAUGUGACCACUACAACCAAGAGAAAAGAAAUAACCAAUGCUGCAGGAGUCAAUAUAUUAGGUCUGAUCGUUGUUUCUACUUUAUUCGGAAUCGCCGCCAGCAAGCUUGGGAAUAUGGUCAAACCUUUCUUGGAUUUCUUCUACGCCGUCUCUCAUCUCGUUAUUAUAGCCCUCAACUGGAUUAUUAUGUUGACACCAAUUGGAGUGACUAGUCUUAUUGCGUCCGCCAUCUUAAAAGUAUCCAACCUGGAAACGGUAUUCAACAGCCUGGGAAUGUAUGUGCUGGCCCUGUCUGUCGGGAUGGGGCUGCAUCUCCUCGGUGUUAUACCUCUACUGUACUUCCUGUUCACGAGGAAGAACCCUCUGUAUUACAUUGCUGUAUCACUGAGAGCAUGGAUGACUGUGUUUGCAGUAGCCAGCUCAGCAAUCGGAAUGCCAGAACUCUUGUUAAAUAUAGAAAAAAUAUUUUAG